AUGGUACUUGAAAUGUCCGAAAAAUUAGGAGGAUCACGGAACUGGUCUCGGAAUAUUUUUUCGGAAGUCCGGAACGGAACUCCGGGAAGAGCUCCGGAACCGGGAAAAAAAAGGGCACCGGGGUGUCCACCGCGAGGUGGGCAUGCCCACCCUCAAGGACUGGGCGCGCCCCCAGGCAAGGCGGGCACGCCCGCCCAACCUGGCGGACAUGCCGCCCAGCAUGGGCGGGGCUUCGCUCGCCAGCAUGGGCGGGCACGCCCCGCCCUCGAGGCGGGCAGGCGCGCCGCGGGUAGUGGUAAUGGAAAUGGAGCUGCCGGGGGAAGUGGACCUGCUGCCUCCAAUCAGGGUCCUGCUGCUGAACCUACAAACCCUGCCCUGAACCUGGAUGAUAUGCCCUCUAAAACUGCCUCUAAACUGGAAGCUCAGAGAAUGAGAGAGAAACUAGAGCUCCUAGAAAGGUCCAUCACUGCUCUCAAAACCCACAAGGAAGUGGUGGACAUGGACUCCUUAGUCCUUGUUCCCUGA